CACACUGUUACACGGCUGUAAUUAUCUGUUUGAAUUUUGUCCUCUAAUCGUUAACGUAACACCAUAUUUUUUCCUAUUAUUCCUUUCUGUCUGUUCACCAGCCAUGUUAUUAUGACGGUGCAGCUGCGACACCGUGACGUCAAUGUCGUAAAGGUAUGAACCUAAGGCCAUAAACUCCGUGUCGAUCAUUGAAUUGUACCAGAAGGACACUGUCAUAACUGUAUUUUUUUCUUCGCCGAUAAGUGCUUGUAGUUAAGCAAGGAUCGGGUGCCGGCGUUUCACAAGCCUGGCAGAAUAGCAGCUAGCGCGCGGGAAACAUUCAGCGCUCGUCCAUUCUACAGAGCAGAGAAACCAGACUGAGCCUGACCGAGAGAGAAAGCAUUUUUUUGCCGCCACUAUUCAAACGAAUAGGAUUGUGGAUCCAUCGGGGAACUAACAAAAAAUCCAAGAUUACCGAUACAUUCUUUUUACUUGAGACAUCACAAUUUGGCUAAGUGCAGCUGCUUAAAAUAACAUGUCUAACCAGGAUAGCUCCGAAGUGACCCAUGAACCAUUGCUGAGAUAUGAUGAUGACGACUCUUUCGCUGCUUUUGGUGGAAACACGGCUAGUGCGGGAGACGCUGAUAGUCUCGAGGGGCAUGUUAUUACAGUUAUCCGACCAUCAAACAAUAACUCGCUACACAGACUCGUUCGAAAGCCGUUGUUUUGGUCUGUUAUUGCUGUAGUAUUUUUAUUGCUAGCGUGCGUUGUUUUGAGCGUUUUACUCGCAAAGUCACACUACAAGGUAUCGCAGCAGCAGAGGGUUUGCUUGAGUGCUGGAUGCCUCGAUGCAGCACACUACAUGCUCCACGCUGUUGACAACAAGAGUGAACCAUGUAACGACUUCUUCCAGUAUGCAUGCGGUGGAUGGAUGAAGAAUAAUCCCAUUCCAAGCUCAGAGGCGUUUUGGGGGACCUUCUCGUGGUUAUGGAAAAAGAACCAAGCAACCAUUAAGCGUCUGUUAACGGACGACUCAAUCAAGAACUCAACGAGCAAAGCGGUUCGUGCUGCGAGAACGUUUUACGACGCGUGCAUGAAUUUGGAUGAGAUUAAUAACCGUGGAUCUAAACCGCUGCUUGAACUCAUAGACAAAAUCGGAGGAUGGUCGCUUUCGGACUCCUGGGACUCAAGUAAAUUUGUCUUUGCCGAAACGCUUAAACGAGUACAGAUCCAAUAUAAUACGCCAGUGUUUUUCAACUUCGAUGUUGAUGCCGAUGACAAGGACUCGUCUAGCAAUAUUAUCAAGCUGGAUCAAGCAGGAAUAGGAAUUGAGAGGAGCUAUUAUCUGCUUAACGAAACCAGUGAGGAACUGACAGCAUACCUGGAGUACAUGACCCGGGUUGGCGUGCUACUCGGAGGCAAGGACGAGACCACUGUCCGGGACAAGAUGCGGGAGGUGCUUCGACUAGAAAUACAGCUAGCACAGAUAUUUAUACCCCCGGAUAACAGAAGCCAGAUCGAUCAGUUGUACACGAAGAUCACGGUGAAGGAGCUCAUUUCCCUUUGUCCCAAGAUUCCGUGGAUGGAUUUCUUUUCAAGUGCAUUUUCAGGAGUAGCCGUGAUAAAAGAAAGUGAGAGUGUUGUUGUUAUGGCAACAGAAUAUCUACGCGCAUUGUCAGCCGUCAUCAGUGGAGCCAAUCAGACUGUGUUGAAUGACUACAUGGUUUGGCAUGUUGUCGAGCAUUUUGCCCCGUCCCUCUCCUCCCCGUUCCGUGACGCACACCAAGCCCUCCGCCAAGUACUGGACGGAGCCAGUAAGGCCGAAGACCUCUGGGCGCGCUGUAUAAGCGAGACAGACGAGGCUGUUGGUAUGGCUUUAGGGAAGCUCUUUAUUAAGGAAACAUUUGAGGGAUCAAGCAAAACUCAGGCGACAGAAAUGAUUGACGCAAUACGUGCAGCAUUCAAGAAACGCCUUCCUUAUUUGGACUGGAUGGAUGAGAAAACGCGACUCGCUGCCAUUGAUAAGGCAGACGCAGUUGUGGAUAUGAUUGGUUACCCAUCGUUUAUUGAAAGUGAUGCAGAGUUAGAUUCAAGAUACAAAGAGCUUGCCGAGGAGUUUACUGAGGUGGAGUAUUUUGCAAAUCAGCUUGCGGAAGUGAAAUUUUCUUAUAAGAAGAACAUUGGGGAGCUGCGUAAACCGGUUGACAAGAAUAAGUGGCUAAUGACUCCACAGACCGUGAAUGCUUACUACAGCCCAUCAAGAAACCAGAUAGUAUUUCCCGCUGGUAUUCUACAAGCACCUUACUUCGAUAAGCGUUCCCCAAAAUUUGUGAACUAUGGAAGCAUAGGGGCGGCAGUGGGACACGAACUUGUUCAUGGAUUCGAUAACUCGGGUCGGAUGUACGACAAGAGGGGUAACUAUGGGACGCCGUGGUGGACGCAAAAGGCAGUGGACGGGUUUAAAGUCAAGGCGGAUUGUCUAAUCAAGCAGUAUAACCAGUUUAACUACUACGGCAAAAACGACAAUGGGAAGUAUACAUUAGGAGAGAACAUCGCAGAUAACGGCGGCCUGAAGGCUUCGUAUGCGGCGUACCAAGACUGGGUCCAGAAACACGGCGAAGAAAAUACGCUUCCCGUGAUUGGUUCUGAGUGGGGACUCACAAACGAUCAGCUCUUCUUUAUUGCAUAUGGGCAGAGCUGGUGUGCCAGUAUUCGACCCGAGAAAGCGAUCGCCAUGUUGGAUACGGAUCCGCAUUCUCCUAAUAAAUUCAGGGUUCUUGGCACGUUAUCCAACUUGAAAGAGUUUGCGCGUGCGUGGAAGUGCCCACUUGGCAGCCCUAUGAAUCCUGUAAAGAAAUGUGUUAUCUGGUAAUACCAAGGCACUCGAAUAUCAAGAGUAUUAUGGGAACAUUAUCUGGUGAUACCAAGGCACGCUCGCAUAUCAAGAGUAUAGGGAAACGCCAUGGGCUAGGUGGACAAAUAUCGUCUGUUUUCUACAGAUAGAUAAGAGCCCUGUUUAACGAUUGUACAUAAACACAGGGUACAUUGACUUUGUCAGUAUAUUAAACAUAAUUUAUUAUAAUUAACAAUGUAUGGCAUGUAUGAAGUGUUUUUCUUUGAAAGCGUUUAAAAAAACGGGUUCAGAAAAAAGAGUAAUGAAAAUGGUCAAUGAAUA